CAGAAAGGCAAAAACACAUUUGAAUCAAUAACAAAAGAUUCGCACCAUUCGAAUUGGAAUAAACUAAAGUGGAUUUUAUAUAAUCGGAAUAACCCAAGGAUGUCCAAAGGAUCAUUGCAAUAAAUUAGUAAAAAGAAGAAAUCUGUGAACAAAUAUAUAUAAAAUACAUACAUAUAUUAAGAUGAAGAGUGCAGUGUCCAAAAAUGCCUAUGCUCCAGUUUCCCAGUUCGAUAUGGAUUCCACAAAAACACAUGUCAAGGACGAAGAACCCAAACAAGUGGAGAAGAGCAUAGAGGCUCCUGCUGAUUUCGAGACAGCCAUCGAAGCUUGUGGUUUUGGGCGCUUCAAUUAUUUGUUAUUGAUUGUCGCCAUUCCUGCCAUUAUGGGGACUGUAUACGAGACAGGAGUAGUCUCGUUCAUCCUGCCCAGUGCCGAAUGUGAUCUUAGCCUUGAUCUUUUGGAUAAAGGACUUUUGAAUGCUGUUACCUACUGUGGCAAGUCAUUUUAA